CUCCAUUUUAUGAAGUCAUUGUAACGCUGCAUGCAAACACCCUGAGUAUGGUCAUAAACAUGCUUUAGAGAUUACAAGAACGUGAGCCCCUGUAGAAUAGCCACCAUGGGUCCCACUCAUCUUGUCACACAGAACCAUGGGAAGAAGACAAGCGUUUUUAACAUGGAAGAAAAAGUAUUUGCACUUUUCCAGAACUCAGAGAUUCCCUCUGAACCUAUAGAAAAUCCUCCCUUGAAAAGGAAGAAGGGUCCAGCCCCUAAGAUGCUUGGAAACGAGGUGUGCAGCGUAUGUGGGGACAAAGCCUCAGGCUUCCAUUACAAUGUCCUGAGUUGUGAGGGCUGCAAAGGUUUUUUCCGACGCAGUGUGAUCAAAGGAGCCCAAUAUAUCUGCAAGAAUAGUGGCAAAUGUGAAAUGGAUACGUACAUGCGCCGGAAAUGUCAGGAGUGCCGGUUACGCAAGUGCUAUGAAGCAGGCAUGCGAGAGCAAUGUGUUCUCUCUGAAGAGCAAAUCCAGCUGAAGAAACUUAAGAAGCGGGAAGAUGAUCAAGCCCGAAUGAUAGUUAUGCGUCAGAACCCACCAUCUCCUCCAAGUACCCCUCCCAAAAUGACACCAGAGCAGCUUGUUAUGAUAGAAAAACUUGUUGCAGCUCAACAGCAGUGUAAUCAACGGUCUUUCACAGAUAGGCUCAAAGUGACGCCAUGGCCUCAGAUUUCAGAUCCUCUUCAUCGUGAAGCACGACAACAGCGUUUUGCUCAUUUCACAGAGCUUGCCAUCAUUUCUGUGCAGGAAAUUGUGGACUUUGCCAAACAGUUGCCAGGUUUCUUGGAACUCACUAGAGAAGACCAAAUUGCUCUUUUGAAGACUUCUACAAUAGAAGUGAUGCUGUUGGAGACAUCUAGGCGCUACAAUCCAGAAACUGAAAGCAUAACUUUUUUGAAAGAUUUGAGUUACAAUCAGGAUGACUUUUCCAAGGCUGGCCUACAAAUUGAGUUUAUUAAUCCCAUUUUUGGAUUUUCAAAGAGAAUGAAUGAGCUGCAUCUCAAUGAUGCUGAGUUUGCACUUUUAAUAGCCAUCAGCAUUUUUUCUGCAGACCGGCCAAAUGUUCAAGAUCAAACUCUGGUAGAAAAGUUGCAGCAUACCUAUGUAGAAGCCCUUCACUCAUAUAUAUGUAUUCAUAGGCCAAAUGAUCAUCUAAUGUUCCCACGGAUGUUAAUGAAACUGGUCAGCCUUCGGACUUUAAGUAGUGUUCAUUCUGAACAAGUGUUUGCUCUUCGGCUACAGGACAAAAAGCUGCCACCACUUCUUUCAGAGAUCUGGGAUGUCAAUGAAUGAGUAUACUAUCUAAGGAUAGUGAGCGAUUACACUGAUUAUCUUUUGCCAAUAAAAACUAUUCUCCUUAUCGAAAGCACUGAAGCAACCCAGAAGGCUGUGAUUUCUUUGCUCUGAUGAAAUAUAUACAGUAUAUAGAAAACAAAUGAGAAGGAUCACAUGACGCUUUAGUCACUAUUUUCCAAAAAUGGAACUGAAACACCUAACAUGGAAGAGUAAAAGAAUCCCCCCACUAAUAAUUUUCCAGGCAGUUUUUCUUUAACCAUUUUUUCAUAUUUAAUUUCAAGGCCACCAUCCAGACCUAUAGAAUCUUCUUGGGAAUUUUAGAGGCAAGCUUCCUUGUGUAUCUUUUCCCCCCCCUCUUGGUUAUAUAUGGUUAAAAUAUGUUGACAUUAGAAACAAUGGAUAGAGAGCUGGAUAGACUGUUGACAUAUGUGGCUUAGGUGCCUUUUUGUGGACUUUUGAGAAGCAUCACUUUGGAUUGAAAGGAUAGCUGUACUAUAGAAAUCUCUUAGGACCUUUUGUAAUAUUUCUGUUCUCCAUCCCCUCAACAGGAAAUAAGCCAUUACUGAUAUAUACUGAUACAAUAUGGAGGAAGACAUGAUUUUUAUUAUAUGAAACUCAUUUGAAUAUGGAGAGGUGCAUCAUAUAUACCCAUAAUCUAGAUGAUUGCUGCUCACUGUUUUCUACAUAGUACAAAAUAUACUAUAUUGGAUUAUAACAUAAUUACAUACAGUAUAAGAUUACCACUUUUCUCUUUUAUUCAUCUGUGCAUUAACAGACAAAUCUAAAUAGUGGUCAUUAUGGCUAAACAUUUUCUUAUCUCCCCUCUACUAGUUCUUUACUUCAAAUUUUCCCCUUCUCUGAAAAAACCAUUUAGCUGGAAAUACAGAUUAGUAUCUGCUGUAAAUCACUUUGCCAAAAAUGAUGAUGCAUGCAUUAUGUUGCAGUCCUGGCCUUUCAUAGUUGGACCCAAUGUUGGAUACUAGUACUUAAGUCAUAAGUUUUGCAUCAUGUCAUGAUGCACAUAAGGUCAAUUGCCUCCCUGGAUGGAUACCUGUAGUGGGAAAUUUCUUAAAUGUUGCCUUUGGAUAACCUCAAGAAGGAAAAGAACCUAAUUUGUGUAUAUCAUUAAAAAUUAUUGUGUAGUGAGGGUGUGAAGGCCAAGUUUAUAUCUUUCUAUCCUUAACUUAAACUUGUUCAGUUAUUUCAAGAUGGCCCAUAUAUUCACAAAGAGUUUAGUGUUUACAGCCUAAACCUCAGGAAUGAGUGAAGUUUAACUUAUUGAUGCCAGUGGAUUUAGGUAUAAAUAUACUUUCCUAGGAAUAGUUGCUAAUGGAAUAAAUAAUUUGAAAAGUAUACACCAACAUACUUGCAAGGAUAUCUGAUAGCAGAAAUUAUAUCAGACAUUUCUUGGUACACUAAUAGUGCUUGCUUCCUUCAGCAUUUAAAUUGGCUUUCUUUGCAGAUGUGCUAGAACUUAGGCCCUUGAACCAGUAUAAUUACUAUGUAGCAAGUGCCAUAUCUGUGGUGUCAGCUUUAUGACUAUUUUGCACAUGAAAUUAGUCUGCCAGUAUUGGCCCUUUACCUGAGAAAGCUCAUAUAUAACAAUUUACCAUGUUGUAAUAACUCUUUGCAAUUACAGAACUUCUUGGGUUUAAUUCUACAUUUUUAAUUACUAUUUCUCAAAAAUGUAAUUUUAUGUAAAAGAAUAAAAUCUAAUAAGA